ACUGACCAGACCUUCCUCAAUCGCUCCUAUGUGCAGCGGAUCGUGGACUCGGGACUGAUUGGGCCGGACGGCAUCGCUGUUAACUGGCUGGGCAGCAACAUCUACUGGUCCGAUGCGGAGUUUAUAUUCUGGAGCACCGGGGACAUUGAUCAAGACGGGCCAGAGCUGCAGCCUCGCCAAGGACGUGCCCUGCAACCAGCUACGACAGACUGCCCGAAUGUUCCGCUGCCGGUGUCCAGCAAGAAUAUCCGUGCCCAACUUCUUGGGCGAACUCGCAGAAGGCGAGGCGUCUGCUCUUCUCGACAGAUGUCGGCAGCCAUCGGGCCAUCAUUCGGGCCCGAGGCUAUGGCAAUGAGCGUGUGGAGCUGGAAGGAGUCACGGCGUUGGACCAACAGUCCGAUAUACCAUGUGUAUCGAAGUUAUAGACAUCAAUGGAAAGAACCAAAAAACUCUUGCUUCCAUGCACAUCUCGCAGGUGAUCUCGCAUUGUCGCCUUGGGGAGAUUUGUGUACUGGCUGGAGGACAAGAUCGGACUGGAGAGGAUCACUGUCAACAAAGAGCGUCAUUCCGUGGAGCUGCAUCGUCUGUCGCAUUUCACCGACAUCCGGGCCGUGUGGACACCGGAUGCGAAAGUGCUGCGCAAUCACACGGCACAGUCGCCCAAGUUGUUUCCACAUCUGCCUAGCCAGCGGGGUGUGACACGCAGUACUCACGACGUCUGUUCAAGCCCAAGCAUCUGAGCACUGGAGGACAAAGAAAACUACGGCGUGUAUCCGGCCAGAUAAUUUUAAAUGGCGUAGUGACAAUACAACGACUUCUGGCGCUGUGACGAAAGGGCUGCCCGGCGGAUCAGUUCAGCUGACUGUCAGCCGAGGGCAGCGACAAGGCUCUGAUCUGGGAUGGUAGCCUGCUCCGGAGCUGAAGAAGGUACCGUCGGUGGCCAUCUCCGUGGAAGUGGUUUCCGCUGCUCCGGAGCCCGCAGCCGAGGAGCCCCCUACACAGACCGAGGCCACUGAGGAGGCCUACUACUAGAAUUAUAUCUAUGUUUAUGUGUUCAUUGUUAAUUUAGUUAAGCAGCAGGGCAGGGGUCAGGACACGAGCAUAAAAUUCCAAGUCGCAAAUAGAUAACAUGGUUUAUUGUUACCAAAGUCUACUCUACAAUUAAAUAAACUCUUCUUUGUUGUAUUGUAAAUUUGCUAGGACAUCUAAA